AUGCCCAACACCAUCGUUGACUUCACAAAGGUCUUCAGCAACCUGUCAUACGACCGGCUCGUAGACAUCAAAGACCAAUGGUUUCCCCCACAGCCGACAUUCACCGAGUCCGAUGUGCCCCGUCAAGAUGGUCGCGUAUUCAUCGUCACUGGAGGAAACUCUGGCAUCGGACUUGCGCUCGUUAAACUCCUGUACCCAACCGGCGCAAAGAUCUAUCUGGCAUGCCGUUCCGAGGAGCGUGCGAGAGCCGCCAUCAAGGAGGUCGUUGACCAAGGAGCGACCACGUCACAACCUGGCUCACUAGAGUACAUGCACCUCGACCUUGACGACCUGGCGACCAUCAAAGCGUCCGCAGCCUCUUUUGCUCAACGCGAAUCCCGACUUGACAUCUUGUGGAAUAAUGCAGGCAUCGCAGGCGCACCGGCUGGCACUAAAACGAAGCAGGGCCUGGAGGGGCAUAUUGGUAUCAACUGCGUAGGUCCGCUACUCUUCACACAAGAGCUGCUACCACAGCUCCGCGAAGCCACAAAGUCAUCAGCGCCCGGGGCGACCAGGGUAAUCUGGGCGUCGUCCAUGAUUAUCGAGCGCUUUGCGCCACACGGGGGCCUCGAUCUGGCGGAGCUAGACCGCAUGAAUGCCGCAGGGACAGGGUCAGAGAACGCUUCCGUAGACUACGCAGUGAGCAAGGCCGGGAACUGGUUUCUUGCUGUUGAAGGCGCACGGAGAUGGGGGCCUGAGGGCAUCGUGAGUGUUACACAGAACCCCGGCAUGAUCAAUACCACAGUUUGGAAACAUCAGCCCAACUGGCUGCUGGCUGUGAUGCAGCCAAGCUUCUACCCUGCAGUCAUGGGUGCAUACACCAUGUUGUUCUCUGGGUUCUCCAAUGAGGUCGGGCUUGACACAAAUGGCGUGUACGUACUGCCUUUUGGGAGGUUGCAGAAGAAGAAUGUCAGAGAUGAUAUUCUUGAGGCCAUUGAGAAUGGCAAGGCCAAAGAAUUCUGGGACUGGUGUGAGCGCCUGCACUCACAGCAUCGCUGA